GCGAAACAGCGUGUUGAGCGCCGGCUCUGGCUUUCGAUAAGCGAUCGCGACUCGUUAGGUUGCUAGAAAAGGGAAAAUCGCGAUAUCGGUUGUCGUUGCAACUAGCGAGGGCCUUGGAAGUUGCAUUUGGAAUAACGAGCUCGCUAGUAGCGUAAGUGAGUUAGAUGCGAGUACAAGUGAGUUGGAUCGUUUCGCCGGAACGCGGGUGUUAAGUUGAAUAGUUGAUUGUGGAAGAUGGCGAGCGUUGUCGAGUUGGAGGAAGUUGGUGAGCAGCGGAAGCUGUUGGACCAAAUGGUCCUUGAAUUCAGGAAUAUUUGCUACAAAGGUGUGGUGAAAGGCGAUAAGCGAAAAACCAUUCUGGAGAACAUUUCCGGUCGGUUUACUCCGGGGAGGCUUGUUGCUGUGCUUGGACCAUCCGGGGCGGGAAAGUCUUCGUUGUUAAAUAUUCUUUCAGGAUUCAAAAAAAACGGCGUCAUCGGAACAGUAACAAUCAAUGGUGAAACGAUGAGCGACGAGUCUUUCCGAACCAAAUGCGUCUACAUCUCGCAGGAUUACGAUCUGAUUGACCACCUAACGGUGCGCGAGAUCAUGGAUUACGCCGCUGAGCUGAAAAUGCCGCUUUCCAGUUCACCCAUGGUGCGGAUCAAAAGAGUAAACGACAUCCUGGAGGUUUUGGGUCUACAUCAAAGCAUGACCACAUUGGUCAAGAAUUUAUCCGGAGGGGAGAAGAAACGGCUCUCGAUCGGUAUGGAAUUGAUUACCAAUCCGCCAAUUAUUCUGCUAGAUGAGCCAACCAGCGGACUGGAUAGUGUCUCGGCGAUGCAUUUAGUUCGAUUCAUUAAAACGCUGGCGCAGGAAGGACGGACGGUUAUUAGUGUGAUUCAUCAACCGGCUUCCAGUUUGUUUCAACUGUUUGACGACGUAUUUCUGCUGUCGGCGGGCAAGUGUAUCUACAGUGGACCGAUUGACGAUCUGGUGGGUAGUUUGGGUGAAGCUGGAUUCCACUGCCCCCGGUACUAUAACCGAGCGGAUUUCGCCUUGGAAAUAGCUUCCAUGUCAAGCUGCCCCGGUAUCGAACUCUUGACAUUGCGGUUCAACAAUGGCGAUGCUCAAGGGCGCCCCUCCAUCGGUGAGGACGUCAGCUACCGUAACAGCAUCCUUACUCCGUACCGGAAUACGUGCCUAACCAGCAAAUCACGACGUUCGCGAUAUCCCGUGCCCCAGUGGAAGCAAUUCUCCGUGCUGUUGCGGCGAUCGCUCCGGUCCACUGCUAGAGAUUUUUUCUUUGCUCAACUUCGAGUUAUUGCUCACAUCGUAGUUGGAUUUUUGCUUGGAGUGGUGUUCUACAAUGCAGGAAAAGAUGCAUCAACCGUCAUGACAAACGCAGCUGGUCUAUUUUUCUUUCACAUCUUCAUCUUUUUCGGCAACUCUAUGCCUUGUACUGUGACAUUCCCAUCGGAGGCGAAAAUCUUCGUCCGCGAGCAUCUCAACAAUUGGUACUCGCUGGAGGCUUACUACCUGGCCAAGUUCUUCGCCGAUCUUCCACUGCAGCUCAUCUGCCCAACUGUGUUCGUCAUCAUCGCGUACUUCCUGACCGGCCAACCAAUGGAACCGAUGCGAUUCGGGAUGUUCUGGGCCAUGUGUCAACUGUUGGGCAUCUUUGCUCAAACUGUUGGACUACUCUCCGGUGCCGCAUUUGAUAUCCAGAUGGCAACGUUCUUCGUUCCCAGUAUGAGCAUACCUGCCAUGCUGUUUUCGGGAUAUUUCAUCAAGUCGUACGAGAUGCUCGAUUUUUUGCAACCGGUGUCCUAUACGUCGUUUUUCCGAUACACAAUGCAAGGCUCACUGCAGGCCAUCUAUGGUUACAACCGGACGGACUUUCCUUGUUCGCAAAUUAUGUGUUAUUACAAUAGACCAACAAAAUUUCUUAAGUUCAUGGACGCCCCGGAAACGGGGUUUGAGAUUAACGUUUACGUAAUGUUGGCAUUCAUCGCUAUAUUCCAGGUGAUAUUAUACAUAUGUUUAAGAAGGCGGUUGAAGAUAUUUCAAUAA